GGCAAGAUUUUAGAGUAAAGCUUGGAAGCUAUUCUGAAACACUUUGCAUGGAUAUCUGCAAAAUGUUAUAUCUUACAGAAUAACAGGAUGAGGCUUGUUUAUUUUCUUGAUGACAAUGUGUCCCGGUGGACAGAUUAAAAUGAUUUUUUGUUCAGAAGUGAUCCAUGAAUCUGUCAGAUUGGUGGACUCCUGGUAAAUGAGGACUCGGAAACUCUAAAAAGGAACCCCCCCCCCCCCCCCUUACAAGGGCACCAUCAGAUCAAUGCUAAUGGGCUGUGAUAACUCAACCAACAGUAACGGGACCUUGUUUGGCAAGCUUCCUUACUCUGUGCAGACCUCAGUGCCUCUCACAAUACUGGUGGGUUUUCUGAUUCUCCUGACUGUGUUUGGCAAUGUGCUGGUAGUCAUUGCUGUGUUCACAUGCCGGGCCCUGAGAGCACCUCAGAACUUGUUUCUAGUGUCUUUGGCAUGUGCAGACAUUUUGGUGGCCACUCUGGUAAUGCCCUUCUCUCUGGCCAAUGAACUGAUGGGAUACUGGUACUUUGGUAAAGUCUGGUGUGAGAUUUACCUGGCUCUGGAUGUUCUCUUCUGCACUUCCUCCAUCGUACAUCUGUGCGCCAUUAGUCUGGACAGAUACUGGUCUGUCACGCAGGCUAUUGUGUACAAUCUGAAGAGGACACCACGCAGAAUCAAAUGCAUAGUGUUUAUUGUCUGGGUGCUGGCAGCCAUAAUCUCCUUCCCACCUCUGAUAUCCAUGGAGAAGGCCAAGGAGGAGGGGCCCACAUGUAAGAUCAAUGAGGAGAAGUGGUACAUCAUCUUCUCCAGCACAGCAUCUUUCUUUGCCCCCUGCGUGAUCAUGAUCCUUGUUUACGUUCGAAUCUACCAGGUAGCCAAGAAGAGAAGCAGAGCCCCCCCAGGUGAGAAGAAGAGGAACUAUGACAAACAUGAUGAAAGACAGUACGGGUUAGGGCAGCAGGAGCCUCCCGAGAGGCAGCGAGGAGACGCGGAGAAGGGGGAGAAGGGAGCAGCAGAAGGCAAAGAGGUCAAUGGGGUCGACGUGGAUGAGGAGUGUUCUUCCUCAGAUGCCAACGAAAACCACACCUGCUCCAUCAAGAGGAAGAGGAAGAAGGGAAAGACCAAAGUGAGCCAAGUCAAACCGGGAGAGCCCUCACCGCGGGCGGACACGCAGCCCUGUGUCAAAGUGAGCAGGUGGAAAGGGAGGCAGAACAGAGAGAAGCGCUUCACGUUUGUUCUAGCCGUAGUCAUGGGCGUGUUUGUCAUUUGCUGGUUCCCCUUUUUCUUCACCUAUACACUUACAGCCUUGUGUGAUUCCUGCUGUGUUCCACAGACUUUGUUCAAUUGCUUCUUCUGGUUUGGAUACUGUAAUAGCUCACUGAAUCCAGUAAUAUACACCGUAUUCAACAAUGACUUUCGAAGGUCUUUCAAAAAGAUCCUUUGCAAGAGGGACAAAAGAGGAUUAUGAGUGCAACCUUUGUGGACAAAUAAUUGUUCUAACCACAGUAAUAGUAUGGUCAAUCUUGUGCAGUGUCCUGUGUAGGUGUCUAUUUGUUGAGAUUUGUUAUAUAUUGUAAAAUCGUAUUUAAAUUAAAACAGUAAUGGUACAAUUUAACAUGUAACAUUCAACAUUUUGAUUUGCAAAUGUUAGCAUUUUAAUGUUUGUAUCACAUUCAAGAUGCAUUCUCAUUUAGAAUGAAUCCCAAUGUGUUUAUGCUGAUAUCUGAAAUUUAGCAUGAAAUCAAUGAGAAUAAAUUAGAACAAAGAAAUCCAAGUUGAGUUCAGUGUGACAAAAAAUAAUUAAAUAUAUAUUAUUUCAAGUGAUUUUGUUUCUGUAUUGUGCAUCAGCUGAGCUGGUC